AAACACCAUCGUGUGUCUUUUUCUCCUAGUAUCAAUAAAAGUGAUGCACCUUUUGUUCUUCUUCAUACUGAUGUGUGGGGUCCUUCACGAGUGGUUUCUUUAUCUGGUUAUCGGUGGUUUGUGUCUUUUAUUGAUGAUUUUUCCCGAACCACAUGGGUUUACUUGUUAAAGGACAAAAGUGAUGUGUUUUUUGUGUUUUAGAUGUUUUAUAAGAUGGUUUAGACUCAGUUCAAUGCCACGAUUAAAAUUGUUCGCUCUGACAUUGGGGGCGAAUAUAUGUCUAGUAAUCUCGAGGCUUAUUUUCGCGAACAUGGCAUUAUCCACCAAACCAUGUGUGUUGAUACUCCGCAGCAAAAUGGUGUGGCUGAACGGAAAAAUCGGCACCUGUUAGAGGUAACUCGUUCCCUUAUGCUUGACAUGCAUUUUCCUAAAUCUUAUUGGGGGGACGCCUUACUCACUGCUACAUAUCUCAUCAAUAGGAUGCCUUCUCGGGUUCUAGAUUUCCAAACACCCCUCGAGGUGUUGUCCCCACCUCUUUCUACUGCAAUAGGUGUUUCUCCAAAAUUUUUUGGUUGUGUUUGCUUUGUCUAUAUUCAUGGUCCUGCUAGGAGUAAGUUAGACCCCAGAUCCCUCAAAUGUGUCUUUGUUGGCUACUCUUCCACUCAAAAGGGUUACAAAUGUUAUCACCCUCCAUCCAGAAAAUACUUUGUCUCUAUGGAUGUCACUUUCUUUGAGCAACAAUCCUACUCCUCAUCCACCCCUACUCCUCUUCAGGGGGAGAGUCAGAUUGAAGAGGGUGAGGAUUUUUUGAGUCCGUUACCUGUCCCUAUUCUUAUGCUAGAGCCGGAGCAACAACAGAUUACUAAUGAGUCUCCAACUGAACCUAUUGAUCAACCAUGUGCACCACCUGUGGAAGAGUUGAGAGUUUACUCCAGACGCCAGAAAGCUAAGACCAUUCCUGAUGCUACAUGCCAAACAUCUGAUUUGGGCUCAGGUACUACUCCUUCAGAUGAUAGUGAGACAGCUUAUCUAGUAGAUGUAAAUGUCUCUAGGGGAAUUUCUAAGCUGUUAGAUGGAAAAGUCAUGAUUGCUGCAUCAGGAAGGUCAGACGCCAUUGCAAGGGCUCGGCCUUUUCUAUCUGCAAUGUGCGAAAAGCUUUACAUUUUUGAUGGUGGAGUUGGCUCUGGAAGUAAAAUUAAAAUGGUUAAUGAGCUGCUUGAGGGAAUUCAUUUCAUUGCUUCAGUGGAGGCUAUUUCUCUUGGUGUCAAAGCUGGUAUUCAUCCCUGGAUAAUCUAUGACAUCAUUUCUAAUGCCGCUGGAAAUUCAUGGGUUUUCAAGAAUCAUGUUCCACAGUUGUUACGGGGUGAUACCAAACAUCAUUUUCUGAAUACUUUUAUUCAAAAAUUGGGUGUUAUUUUGGAUGUGGCUAAAUCGCUUACUUUUCCUCUUCCACUUUUGGCAGUUGCUCAUCAACAACUUAUCCUUGGGUCUUCACAUGUUUGUGGAGAUGAUGACAUUGCCACCCUGGUCAAGGUUUGGGAUAAAGUCCUUGGAGUGAGUAUUACAGGUGCUGCAAAUGAAGAAAUUUACAGUCCUGAGCAACUGGCAAAGCAAAUUACUGCCAUGUCUAGUACUGUGAACCGAAUUGGUUUCAUUGGUCUUGGAGCGAUGGGAUUUGGCAUGGCAACUCACCUGCUGAGCUCAAACUUUUGUGUCCUUGGUUAUGAUGUUUAUAAGCCAACAUUAACUCGAUUUGCAGAAGCUGGUGGCUUGACUGGCAACUCUCCAGCAGAAGUAUGUAAAGAUGUUGAUGUGCUUAUAGUCAUGGUCACGAAUGAAGCUCAAGCCGAGAGUGUUUUAUAUGGAGAAUUUGGCGCAGUUUCAGCCCUUCCAUCUGGAGCAUCAAUUAUCCUUUCAUCCACUGUUUCUCCUGCAUUUGUGAGCGAACUAGAACAACACUUGCUAAAUGAAGGCAAGAAUUUGAAAUUAGUGGAUGCUCCUGUUUCUGGUGGUGUUAAGAGGGCCUCCACAGGAACACUUACGAUAAUGGCUUCUGGUACAGAUGAAGCUCUUAAGAGCACUGGUUUAGUUCUUGCAGCAUUGAGUGAGAAGCUAUAUGUUGUCAAAGGAGGCUGUGGGGCUGGAAGUGGUCUGAAGAUGGUUAAUCAAUUGCUUGCUGGAGUUCAUAUAGCCUCAGGAGCCGAGGCAAUGGCGUUUGGAGCUCGAUUGGGUAUCAAUACAAGAAUGUUGUUUGAUUUCAUCACAAAUAGUGGGGGAACAUCCUGGAUGUUUGAAAAUCGUGUUCCACACAUGCUGGAUGGUGAUUAUACACCUUACUCCGCACUUGACAUCUUUGUGAAGGACCUGGGCAUUGUUUCUCGUGAAUGCUCCUCCCGUAAAGUUCCCCUUCAUAUUGCCACUGUUGCACACCAAUUGUUCCUAUCAGGUUCUGCUGCAGGCUGGGGUCGGCAAGAUGAUGCUGCUGUAGUUAAGGUUUAUGAGACACUCACAGGUGUUAUUGUUGAAGGAAAACUUCCUGUUCUUAAGAAAGAAGUUGUCUUGCAAUCCCUUCCAUCUGAAUGGCCACUAGAUCCCAUCGAUGACAUACAAAGACUGAAUCAGAACAAUUCGAAGACUUUGGUUGUUCUGGAUGAUGAUCCAACUGGAACACAAACUGUUCAUGAUAUUGAGGUCUUAACAGAAUGGACUGUUGAGUCACUUAUUGCCCAGUUCAGAAAAAAUCCUAAAUGCUUUUUCAUUUUGACUAACUCCAGGUCACUGAGCUCUGAAAAGGCCAGUGCAUUGAUAAAAGAUAUCUGCAGAAACCUACAUACUGCGGCUAAAUCAGUUGAGAACACUGGUUAUACAGUAGUUUUGAGAGGUGAUUCAACUUUACGUGGUCAUUUUCCAGAGGAAGCUGAUGCUACCGUUUCAGUAUUAGGUGAGAUGGAUGCAUGGAUCAUCUGCCCCUUUUUUCUUCAAGGAGGGCGUUACACUAUCGAAGAUAUACACUAUGUUGCAGAUUCUGAUAAGCUUGUCCCUGCAGGGGACACUGAGUUUGCUAAAGAUGCUUCUUUCGGCUACAAAUCUUCAAACCUGCGUGAGUGGGUGGAGGAGAAAACAGCCGGCCGCAUACCAGCCAGCAGUGUAACAUCUAUUUCUAUACAACUUUUAAGGAAAGGUGGACCAGAGGCUGUUUUUGAGUGUCUUUCCAGUCUGCCAAAGGGUUCAACCUGCAUAAUUAAUGCAGCUAGCGAAAGAGACAUGGCUGUAUUCGCAGCUGGAAUGAUCAAGGCAGAACUGAAGGGAAAGCGUUUCCUAUGCCGUACUGCUGCUAGUUUUGUUUCUACUCGCAUUGGAAUUAUCCCAAAAGCCCCUAUUUCGCCUAAGGAUCUUGGAAUAAACAAAGAAAGGAAUGGUGGUCUCAUAGUUGUGGGGUCAUAUGUUCCAAAAACAACUAAACAGGUUGAAGAGCUUAAAUUACAAUGUGGCCAGAGCUUAAGAAGCAUCGAGGUUUCUGUUAAUAAGCUUGCAAUGAGCUCUUUAGAAGAGAGGAAAGAGGAAAUCAGUAGAGCAGCUGAGAUGGCAGAUUGUUUUCUCAGGGCUCGGAAGGACACUCUCAUACUGACCAGUCGGGAGCUCAUCACUGGAAAAACUCCUUCCGAGAGUUUGGAUAUCAACUUCAAAGUGAGCUCUGCACUGGUGGAAAUUGUUAGCCGGAUCACUACAAAACCUCGUUAUAUUCUUGCAAAGGGUGGAAUCACCUCAUCAGAUCUUGCUACAAAAGCCCUUGAAGCAAAAUGUGCUAAGAUAGUUGGACAAGCAUUGGCUGGUGUUCCGUUGUGGAUGCUGGGUCCUGAAAGUAGACAUCCAGGAGUUCCGUACAUUGUUUUCCCUGGUAAUGUUGGUGACAGUAAUGCGCUGGCAGAACUCGUGAAAUCCUGGGCUCGUCCAUUGAGACAUUCAUCAACAAAAGAGCUUCUUUUCAAUGCAGAAAAGGGUGGAUAUGCUGUUGGAGCUUUCAAUGUUUAUAAUUUGGAAGGAGUUGAGGCAGUUGUUGCUGCUGCUGAGGAAGAACAAAGUCCUGCCAUAUUACAGAUCCAUCCUGGUGCCUUUAAGCAAGGAGGAAUUCCUUUGGUUGCCUGUUGUGUCUCUGCUGCUGAACAAGCCAGUGUUCCCAUUACUGUUCACUUUGAUCAUGGAACUUCAAAGCAAGAUCUGGUGGAAGCUCUUGAGUUGGGAUUUGAUUCAGUUAUGGUAGAUGGUUCACAUCUUUCAUUCAAGGACAAUGUAUUAUACACAAAGUUCAUUUCAUUCUUGGCUCGCUCAAAAGGUAUGCUGGUGGAAGCUGAACUAGGGAGAUUGUCAGGAACAGAGGAUGACCUGACUGUUGAAGAUUAUGAAGCAAGACUGACUGAUAUUAAUCAGGCUCAAGAAUUCAUUGUUGAGACUGGCAUAGAUGCUUUGGCAGUGUGUAUUGGAAAUGUCCAUGGAAAAUACCCUGCAAGUGGCCCAAAUCUCAGACUUGAUUUGCUUAAGGAUUUGCAUGCUUUGAGUUUGAAGAAAGGAGUUUUUCUUGUACUUCAUGGAGCUUCUGGGUUGCCCAAGGAACUUAUCAAGGCGUGUAUCGACCGGGGCGUCAGAAAGUUCAAUGUAAACACUGAAGUGAGGAAGGCUUACAUGGACUCAUUGAACAGCCCUAGUAGUAAAGAUCUUGUCCAUGUUAUGGGAUCUGCCAAGGAAGCCAUGAAAGUUGUGGUUGCAGAGAAGAUGCAUCUAUUUGGUUCAGCAGGAAAAGCAUGAUGAUUUAUAUAUAUAUAUAUAUAUAUAUAUAAUGAGUUGGUGUUAUGAUGUGUUCAUUUGUUGUCAUCUUUCUUUCUUGUAUUUAUUUUUUCUUCCCAAUGAAAUCUAGCAAGUAUGUGAUGAAAAAUAAGAACAGAACCCUCAGCUAUGUGGGAUUGAGGUUCCAACAUGUGUCGUAAUUUUCUUUUCUUUUCAUAAGAUUAUGGAAACAUCAUUGUUUUGUUUAUACAUUUGAAUGUAAGAUCCCUUGAAAAAGAAA